UGGUGGCGGCGGUGGUGGCGGCGGCGGCGAAGACGACGACGACGACGACAGACCGUAGAGUAGCCGGAAUCGGCGCGACGGCCGUGCCGUAUCGCAUUGC